AUGCCCGGUCGAGGAAGUGGCGCGAAGCUGAAUGAAGAGGUAUGGCAAACAAGAAAGGAUGAUGACCGCGUUCUGUGUCGAAUUUGUGCUGCUGGAAACCCGCCCGAACGGCAUGUAUGGAUUGGGCGGAGGAGUACCAUGAAGCACGAGGAAGCUGAAGAACAUCGAAAGGCGCUGGGAGUUGUGAGCGCUGGGCAGCAGCGACUGAAGGAGCACGCAUUGCAGCAAGCCUCGGCUCGUGCUCGACUGACGCUUCGGCAUACGUCACAUCCCAUCCAGCCUCCUGUGCCUAUGAAAAGCGCCCUGGGUGUCCCAACUAUGGCUGAGGUCGAGAUGUGGCGGGGGUAUGAGGAGGGUGGGGGUGUCCUUUACCUCCUCGAUCGUCAAGUGGAGCUAUUUGGGCUCUGGGAUCCUGAUGGAGUUGCGCGACGGCUGGGAUUUGGCGACGGGACAGUGGAAGACGAGAUGAAUGAAAGAGAUGAGGAGGAAGACUUCCUCGCUGAGUUGCUGGCCAACGCAGGUAUUGUGGGCCCCACCGAGGAGGAAAUUCAAACCGCUGGCACCCAGAAAAUUGCAUCAAGCACUGGAUACUUUCCAUAUCCAAAUAAAACGAUGUUCCUCCUUGAUAUUCUCGACAACCUUCCACGACUUCGGGUCUCUAAAUCACUCAUGCGCGUUAUACUGUGGAUCAUGCGGGAAAUGGGGGCUCACGAUGUUCCUUCUCUUGAAGGCCUCAACCGAGUUCAGAAGGAAAUUCGUGCUGAAUCAGGCAUCCCCACCCUCCCUUGCCUGUCGCCGCUAGGAAACGUUUUUUUCAUGAAUGAUCCUUGCGCACUUAUCGCACAUGAUUGGGCUAAUUCCGCAAUUCGGAAACACAUUCGCGUCUAUCCAGAAAUUCCUACCGACGGCAUCAUUCGCGAGAUCUGGCAUGCGCAAAAAUGGAGGAAAAAUAUGGACCUCGACGCGCUGAGUCCGAUGUAUGAUGCUGGCCAUGCACAUUUCUAUGUCAACGAGCUCUGCCGCGUCAAAGAUGGCCAGUUUGUCAUUCCCAUACGCUGGGUUACUGUCAACUCUGCCAUUUGCGCAGAUUGUUACAUUGUCGAAAUUGACGAGGCUGGGGAAGCAGUGAUCGACGAUUCGAAGACAUUUCUCGUUGUGGCAGCAGAGAUGAAGGAAAAUUAUCUGGACCUACUUGAUCUUGGAGCGGUGCCGCAAUGGAGUGCAGCAACAUUUUCGAAGGGACUCCCAAGCAGGAUGCCCAACCGUAAACGCGCAAUUGCGGGAGGCUGUCCGAUGUACACCAGCCUUGUCGACUACUUUGGUGACGAUGUGUCCGGAAAUCGUUCAAAAUCGUGGAACAAGCAUUGGAACGCGUAUAUGACACAUCGCAAUCUUCCCCGAAAACUGCUUCAGCAAGAAUAUCACAUCCAUUUCAUCUCGACCUCCCCCAAUGCGUCCAUUUCCGAGCAAUAUCGAGAAUUCAAGACUGCCAUUGAAGCCACACACACCAAGCCGAUUGCUGUCCAAGACGACGCAGGAAAUACAACAAAGAUCUGCGUCUACUGUAACGCCGGCCCUUCCGACAACCCGAUGCAGAGCGAGGUGUCGUCUCAUAUGGGUGGCCAGGCCAACUACUUUUGUCGAAAAUGCAAGGUCGGCGGUCCGAAAGCGCACAAGCACUCGAAUGUUGGGUAUGAAGAGCUUUUCAAGCCUGGUGUUCCGCGAACGAAAGAAUAUGUCCUCAACGAGUUGCGGCUCCAGGUCCGGCAUGUGUGUGGUGGGACAACAAUGGACAAGCUCCAGAAGAUCCAGCGCAACACGGGCGUGAAAGACGCAUAUACGCAGCAAUGGAUCACGGGUCUCGAAGCCCGUUUCGCGCAACUAAGUGUUGCCGACCCCGAACGACCAGCAGCAAACAUCAAAGCAGAGCUCAUGAAGUGGGUGGAUGAGAAUGACGAGAAGCUUUACAGCGCUUUCCUACGAACAACAGUACUGAGGCAGAUUGUAGCAUUCGAUCCUACACGCGAUACCCCCAUCGAACUUCUACAUACCAUUCUACUUGGUGCAGUCAAGUAUGUGUGGCAUAUCUCGCACACUGGCUGGUCCGACGGGAAGAAGGCAACAUAUUCGCAGCGCUUACAAGCAACCGAGACAAGCGGGCUUUCGAUUCAUGCCAUUCGCGCUAAAUAUAUUAUGCAAUAUGCCAAUUCACUCAUCGGGAAACAACUCAAGACCGUCGUUCAGAUGAGCAUAUUCCAUGUGCACGAUUUGGUCUCGGACGACCAUCUCGCUGCAUGGCGAGCAUUAGGCGAGCUCUCUGCCUUGCUCUGGGUCCCUGAAAUUCACGACAUGACUCAGUAUUGUACCGACCUUGAAACAGCAGUCGCAAACCUGCUUGAUGCUGUCGCCGUCAUCGACCCUUCGAAAAUCGUAACAAAAAUUAAAUACCACCUGCUUGCACACGCUGCGGACGACGCGACAGAAUUUGGGCCGCUCAUUGGCCUGGCAACAGAGCUCUUCGAGAGUUUUAAUACGAUUUUCCGAUAUUGCUCAAUACUAUCAAACCAUCUGGCACCCAGUCGCGAUAUUGCGCUUCAGUUGGGAGACCAGGAAGGGCUCAAACAUCGGCUAACGGGUGGACUUUGGGCAGCCAAAGGCGAGCAGAAAUGGGUCCGAGCAGGUACUGGUGUGCGCCAUUACUUGGAGAAACACCCCAUCCUGCAGAAACUCUUAGGCUGGACACCGCAAACAAGCGCGGAUAUUGGUAUUGUCAAAUUGACUCCACUCAUACAGGGUGAAGAUAAGCGUGUAUUGCGUGAAUUAAAUGCUACAACCGCAUCGCAAGCAACAAACUAUCGACGAAUGCCGUGUCGGGUCUUGGGUUUUCACAUCGUGGCUAGCAACUCACACUGUAGUAAAUCCUCAAGGGGACCGAGGCCAACCUUGCCGUUUUGGAGCGCUUCCAGACGUCGGCAGUCCGCGAUCCGGUAUAUGGGAUGCCGGGCGUUGAUUCGCCCCAAUGGCGAAACACUACUUUUCAUCGUUCCAACCAAGAACGUCAGCUUCAGUUUCAAUGCACAACAUGACUGUCGUGCGGCCCAAUGUGCAGCCACCGGUUCCCGUGCCAUUAUUCAAGAACGUGUCGCGUCUGAAAAGACUGAACAUUUCAUUGUACAUAAAGAACUCGAACGCUAUAUUAUCAACCUCCAUUCUUUCCACAACGCCCACCUCCUUCGCGCGACUCUUCCCCGAAAUCUCUGGGCGCCAAUUCCGCUCUUCGAAGACCGUUCCGCAAAGCACAUUGAGUUUGCGACCCGGCUUCGGAAUCGGAAUGCCGCAAAGGCAGCCAAGGGUAAUGCUGCAACGGAAGGGCGUCAAGCAUCUAGCGGGGAUGGAGCCGCCAAUCUCGAGUCAGAAGUGGUGGGAACUGCCAUGCAGCAAGGCAAGCGUCGUCGAGCUGAGGAUAGUGACUCUGAUUCAGCACCGGCACGCAAGCGAACUCGCAAGGCCGCUCCCAAGAAGAAGAAGCCAAAGUCACCUAAGGUUAUCAUUCCCAUCGCAGUCUCUGUGGCGAUUUCAGGAUCCACAAGUUUGGCGGCAGGACGGGCCAAGCGAACGAUAACGAAGACAGUGAAGGCGCUGGCGGCAGAGGAUGCUUCGAGUGAUUCCGAGGAUGCUUCGGAGAGUGAUCAGGUGUUGGAGAAGGAUGCAAGUGAGCAAGAGUACUACCAGUCAGAGGAUGAAUAG